UGGAGGCAGGGGGAGGGGAGGUGUGGCAGCACCACAACACAGCAAUGAAGCAGAGGGUGCGCGGGGAGGGAUCCGGUGGAGAAAUGGCAGGCAUGCAAAUCGCUUGACAUGACAUGACGCGCGUUGGCGGUGCAGCCCCAGCCAGCAGUGGAGCCGAGCCAAGCCAAAGCAGCGCAACGCGCCAGGCGCCCAACAACCGAGCGAGCGACGAGAGCGAACGGAGGACGUCGUCUUCGCGCUGGUCGUCGUCGUCGGUGUCAUUCAUGCACUCACUCUCUCGCGCACUCGCUCGCCCGCUCUCCGGCCUCGACUUCGGCCCCUCGGUCCUGAUCAAUCUAUUGCCACUAGUCGCUAUUCUGGUUCGUAAUUCCGCUCCCUCGAGCGACCGUCGCCUCCCAUCGUUGGGCUCGUCCGUCACUUUCGCCGCGCCGUGACGCCGUCUGCUUUUCUUCGCCCGCCCCCUCUCAUUCCAUUCCUCUCUUUUCUUCUUGCUGCCUGGCUCGCGGCCACGCCACGCCUCGCCUCGAGACGCCACGAGACGGAGACGGAGACGAAGACGAAGACUAGGACGAGGACGAGGACGACGAUCACUCCCGCAGUGAGCGAGGAAGCGAGGUAUGGAAUGAGGAGGAGUUGCGUCUUAGGGUGCGGAGGGAGGGAGGCCGACCGCAUGUGCGAGGCGACGGGAGGUCGGCGAGCCGAGACAGGUGGAGCGACGCUACGCGAGGCCCGUGAGGCAGCGCGAGGCGGAUUUUCGCGUUGUUUGUUCGACAGGGAUUUCGUUCCGCGUGAUUCGGUGAGCCGGGAGAGGAGGCGAGAGGAAGCACGGCCUCGGAGUUGCCGGAGAGUAAGCCCGGAAGGAUUGUGGUUGGCGUGAUCAGAGAGCUGGAGCUGUGGAGCUCGUUAUGUCUUAGGGUUUUAGAAAUUCUGAGGUGGCGGGCCAGUUGGAAUCGCUCUACGAGGAAUCCCGGGUAGAAACGCUAGCUUGGGUAAAUUUCGAUGAAUUUUCGGAGGAUUCGUGGCCCGAGCGUUUGAACCGACCUGAGAGCGGACUUUUUCUCCGAGAUUACAGGUUGUGGAUUUUGGAACUCAGGAGGUUGAACAAGCAUUGUUCCGUCUCCACAUCAUCGCUUACUGUUAUGUGGGUGUCGCGCCAACAAAGUCUUAAAGCAAAAGCUGCCCCAAAACUAUAGCUUUGUGGGCGGUCCUCCCUCAUGCUGUAUGGCGCUCACUCUCUUCCCGGCGUACCAUCAUGCAUUCAAAUUUGACGGUGGACACUUGGCAAUGAAUUGAAGUGCCUGUCAUACCUCUGAGCUGACUGAUGCAAAUCGCGUGUGUCUGAAUUGAAACUCCCGGCUUAGCUCUCGUGUUUUCAAGGAGGUCAGGAGCAUGCCCUGCUAAUUAGAAUCGGUGACGGAACAGUCAUCGGUGAGCUGCGGAUGGCUGCUAUGGAUUCUUAGGGACGAAAAUGCCGGCAUGUAUCUUGGGGCACCUGGAGAGGUUUAAAGCUUGUUCGAGGAAGAAGCCGAGGUUAUUGCAAAGAGCACACUCACCGAAGUUUUUAGAGAAUCUGAUUGCUCAGUUAGGUAACCGCGACUUACUCGCCACGUGUUCUGCAUCACCAGCCGUGAAAAGCUUUGGUAGAGUUUUCCGCGCUUCAUCGAAUUGGAAAAGCUCACAGAGUUCCACAAGCAGUUGAUUGCGGCUUUCGACUACAGGUCGGAGGGUACACUAUUACCUGGUAGAAGAUCGGAGAAGUUUUCUUCUCCAGCUCGUGUUUGACGGAUGACAUGGUGGGACACGAUCAGCCAGUCAAGAAUGAAUUAUUUGAAAGACUGCCUGAGGUCAUCAUUUUCUUGAAGAUGUGGAGUCCUUUCAAAGAUCUCGAGGAUUGCUGAAGACAUUAUGUGAUGCCCACAUUUUAGCCUAUUUCCGGAGUUAGGGUUGUUCAUCAUUUACAAUACCUGGCUCAAUGGCGAAGUUAUGGAGAUCCCUGACUCUGCUGAUGACCCUAAUGGUGGUCAUAGCAGUAGUUGCAGGAACGGUCACUUCUCCUCCCGGUCUUCCUGGUUGUACAUGUGAGGAUGAAGUCUGGGCCUCUGCAGAUGAGAGCAUGACUCGGUGUCAGCUUGCCAGUGACUUUCUAAUCGCCCUAGCCUAUUUCUCAAUACCCUUGGAGCUGGUCUACUUUGUGAGUUGUUCUCACAUGUUCCCAUUUAGAUGGGUCAUAAUUCAGUUCGGUGCGUUCAUCGUGCUUUGUGGAUUAACACAUUUCAUCUCUAUUUGGACGUAUGGACCCCAUUCCUACGCUGUUGUCAUGGCACAAACGGUACUCAAGAUUCUCACCGCAGUGGUUUCUUGUGCGACUGCAAUAACGUUGGUGCACAUUAUUCCCGAACUAUUGCACGUGAAGGUGCGAGAAUUAUUCUUGAAACAUAAAGCUGCAGAGCUUGACAGGGAAAUGGAUAUAAUAAAAACGCAGGAGGAGGUGGGACGGCAUGUGCGAAUGUUGACUCAUGAGAUUCGUAUGUCUUUGGAUCGUCAUACUAUUCUAAAUACUACCCUCAUCGAGCUUGCAAAGACUCUUAGUCUUGAGAAUUGCACUGUCUGGAUGCCGAAUGCCGAUGGCAAUGCUCUGGAGCUGUCUCACGAGUUGGAGAGGAGACUGGUGCAAGUUCCCAUCACCAUUCCUGCCGGAGAUUCUUCAGUUCAACUUAUUGUGCAGACUAGAGCCGCUGUGAUAAUACCUCCGACAUGUGGUCUUGGACGAGAAAGUAAUCACCGCCUCCUGUCAGGAGCAAUGGCAGCUGUUAGACUUCCUCUGCUCCAUGUUUCCAAUUUCAAGGGGGGAACACCUGAGACCUUUCAUGCGUCAUACGCGAUCAUGGUCCUCGUUUUGCCCGGCGAAAGUGGGCGCCAGUGGAGACCACAUGAGCUUGAGAUGAUCGAAGUCGUUGCAGACCAGGUUGCCGUUGCACUCUCUCAUGCCGCAGUUUUGGAGGACUCUCAGCGCACUAGAGACAAACUUGUGGAGCAGAAUAAAGCACUGCAGCAAGCAAGGCUGGAAGCAGAGACAGCAAUCAGGGCAAGGAAUGAUUUUCUGGCCGUGAUGAACCACGAAAUGCGCACGCCAAUGCAUGCAAUAAUUGCACUCUCAUCCUUACUUCAGGAAGGAAACUUAACCAUGGAACAGCGAGCCAUGGUGGAUACAGUUGUGAAAAGCAGCAGCCUUUUGUCCACUCUGAUCAAUGAUGUUCUGGAUUUUUCAAGACUAGAAGAUGGAAGCUUGAUUCUUGAGCUCGCACCAUUUGACUUGCUUACGGUGUUGAGAGAAGCAGGAAACCUGGCGAAACCUAUGGCAAGGGGUAAAGGCUUGGAAUUUUUCUUUGAGAUUGCAGAUGAUGUUCCUACACAUGUAAUCGGUGAUGAGAAGAGGCUUCUGCAAACCUCCUUAAAUGUUAUAGGUAAUGCUGUCAAGUUUACCAAGACCGGAUUCGUCACAGUUGUGAUUUCAGUCGAGAAAGGCGACGGAAGGAUGGAUCCUCGAUACCCAUCCUGGAGGCCUUGUUUAGGUGAAGGCUAUGUGUACCUUCGAAUUGAGGUACAGGAUUCCGGAUUGGGUCUCCGAGAGUGUGACAUUCCUCGACUAUUUCACAAGUUUGUACAGGCUGAUAGCACGACUACCCGCAACUACGGUGGAACAGGAUUGGGACUUGCAAUUUGUAAGAAGUUUGUCCAGCUUAUGCAUGGUCACAUCUGGAUUGAAAGUGAAGGAUUGGGUAAAGGCUCAACCGUCACAUUCAUCAUCAGGCUACAAUUGAUGCCAACAUCUGGAAAGAGGGAAAGGACCGCACGCGAGGAACAGUUGAACAGAGUGGACCUGAAAGGCCUGAAAGUGCUGGUCACGGAUGAUAACUCUGUUAACCGCAUUGUCACUCGCAGGUUACUAGACCGACUCGGUUGCAAUACAACUGUUGUGGAAUCAGGUCAUCAGUGCUUGGCAACUUUAUCUCAACCAGGCAGUUCAUUUGAAGUUCUGCUACUGGAUCUUUGCAUGCCAGAGAUGGAUGGUUAUGAGGUAGCCAUGCGAAUCCGCCAAAGGUUUCGGCCUGAGGAUCGACCUUUGGUGGUGGCUCUCACAGCGAACACCGACAAAGACACCCGUGAUCGUUGUUUACAGAUUGGAAUGGAUGGCGUUGUUCUGAAGCCAAUCUCUCUAGGGGACAUGAGCACAGAGCUUUGCAAGCUUCUUCGGAAGACCACACACAGUGGAAACCUUAGAUAGCAUUCUCAACUUGGUCAAGAAUUUGGUCCUCUGUACCAUACUCCACAAUUUUCGUACUCAGGUAAAGAAAACUCUGGAGCAAGUCAUGUUGCAAACACGCAUGCUUAGGUGAAUAGAUAGAUAGUUAAGUUUGUGUUUUCUGCCCAAACCAACGUCAAGAUACUGAAUCAUGGUCGGCGGAUAAGGUCAAAUAUCAUGUAAAGCUGAUGUUGUGGCGGUUUUUGCACCUAUUCAUUCUUGUUGUACCAUCUGAUAAUUGUGAUCUCACACAUGCAAUGUACAAUAGAUCAUUGCAGACCAGUGGAAUGGAUUCACAGAGCUGCCAUGUGGGACUGCAGUCACCAGCAGGUGAGUAGGAGUUAGCAGCUGCAGAGUGUACAGAGUGUUGAUUCAAGACAGAUUGCCAUAUGAUCAAAGGCCGGUUGUAAAAGUGUCGGACUUUGACCAGUCUUCUCACUUGUUCGAUGAUAUGAUGUGUAUGUAAAGGUUACGUUAAUCGAAGACUAAGAAUGCUGAAACAUGGAGCUAUUGUUGCAGUUACACUAGAUUGAAAAGAACAAAAGUAGCUGUUUUAUUUCGUCUUCUUCAUUUGACCCCUGCGUGGAUAAGCUGCAAGAAGCAACGGGUGUGGCCGAUCGUAUGGGCAGAACAGUCGACAUGAAUAAAACAUCCAUUCAUUGGAUCAGCUGAC